AUGUCUACGCCUGUCACCCCAGAAGCAGCCGAGAAACCCAGCACCGCUGGCGCUGGCGGUGUUACCUUGGCGGCGCCAGCGCCUGAACAGGAUGUUGACGGUCUCCUCCAAACUGCCGUCUCCUCCCAUACCGAAAUUCAAGACCUCCUUCAAGAUCCGACAGUAAACAUAAAGCUUCACCGGGCCGUUCUAAAAGUUGACCAAGAAUACCUCGCCGACCACCUCACACUGACAACACUCACCGGACCGGGGCUGAUAUCACCUCAGCCAUAUGUCUUCACCAAUGACGAUGCUGGGACCUUGUGGGCAUUCUACCACCUUGGACGACGGCUCGCUGGUCAUUCGGGAAUUGUGCAUGGAGGGCUCGUGGCGGCCCUGCUGGACGAAUGUAUGGGAAGGGCGUGUUUCCCCUUGCUCGCAGGCAAGAUCGCAGUCACAGCCAAGCUGGAGGUGUCGUACAUGGCACCAGUCAGAGUCGACAGCGUCAUCGUCCUCAAAGCGGAGACGGUGGAUGUGCAAGGCCGGAAGGCAUGGGUCGAAGGGACCGUUGAGCAUUUGAGCCUGGGUAGACUUGAAGGAAAGACGACCAUGGCCAAAGCUACAGGCCUGUUUAUCGAGCCCAAAUGGGCGUCUGAGAUGGGCAAAAUGAUGUGA